CCCCUUUCCACUCCCGGCUCCCCCGCGUUGUCGGAUCAGCAGACCGAUUCUGGGCGCUGCGUCGCAUCGGUGGCAGGACUCCUGAGUAUAUUUCAGAACUGAACCAUUUCAACCGAGCUGAAGCAUUCUGCCUUCCUAGUGGUACCAGUCCAAUUUAGGAGAGCCAAGCAGACUCCUUUGUUAUUAGACGCGUUCUCACGACCGGCCAGGAAGAACACCACAGACCAGAAUCUUCUGCGGCAAAGCUUUAUUUCUUACAUCUUCAGGAGCCAGGGUGCAGGAAGCAAGAGGAGCAAGAAGCAAGAGAGAGAAGCAAGAGAGCAAGAAGCAAGAGAGAGAGAAAACGAAACCCCGUCCCUCUUAAGCAGCAUUCUCCUUCGCCUCGGACGUGUCACUCCCUGAUUGGCUGCAGCCCAUCGGCCGAGUUGACGUCACGGGGAAGGCAGAGCACAAGUAGUCAUAAGAUACCCUUGGCACAUGCGCAGAUUAUUUGUUUACCACUUAGAACACAGGAUGUCAGCGCCAUCUUGUAACGGCGAAUGUGGGGGCGGCUCCCAACAUCUCCCCCUAUCCUUUUAAUAAGAGCAAAUAGGCCACCCAUAUUAAUGAGAGUGGAGAUAGAGGUCAAAUCCCCAGUGUGUAGGUAAAGGAGCCAUGUACAGGAUUAGCUCUUAGGCUUACAGGCUUUUACCCAGAGCAACCCUGACCUGCUCCCGUGUCGUUUUGCCUGGGGGAAGGGAACUAGGACACUGAACCUUCAUGAAAGAUGACAUGUCUCCCUAGAAUAGGCUCAUAUAUGCCGCAGAGCCUUUCCAUUGCAGUGCUUAGCCUUGCAACUCUCUCGGGCUGCUGAAGCACACUCACUCUAUCCCGUGCAAUGAGUCUAGCCUCAUGGGAUAUAAGAGCUGAGUGGCCAGCGACCUAUUGCCUAAGCAUAGAUAACCAUAUAUCAGGGGGAGCUCCAUGUUCUAGUCCUGCAAGCGCCUGGGCAAUAACCACCUUGUCUCUCCUAGUUUAGGCCUUAAGCUUACAGACCAAUCAAAGAAGCAACACUAAUCCACAGCAAAGUGUAUCUCCAAAUAAUAUUAAUCCCACCCAUUUUUUAAAGAAAGAAAAUGCUGAGGAGAUCCAAUUGGGUAAUCCUUUGGUCAGCGACAGGUCCAAGCGCGUGGAGUUGACCUGAAGUCUCAAUUCCCGAAGGAUCUGUUCAAAUUCAGCCAUCCAAUUCUGUAACAUAUACUGAAAAAGACUUUUUGACAAUUUAGCUGCCCUAGUAAAUUUAACAUACUGAAUGGAAAUAACACACAAUCCCGGAAACUUUUGUUUACAUCCCUGCUGAGUUAUUUGUCAUAAUACAUCUAGUUGUAUCUGGACAAGAUCUAUGAGUUGAUUAACCAGCAUGAGACCUCUCUGUAUCUUGACAUUAGCUGAGGCCUGUUCAUCUAUGACUGUAGUCACUGAGGCUGACAAAGUGUUAAUGGUGUCAGUUGUCUGGACCUGUCCAGACAGAGCCAAGGCUGUCUGAAUUAAGGCCAAACCCAGUUCCUAGUUAGUGGUAAAAAAGCAGGAGAAUACUUGAGCAUUAUACAUCACCGUCAUUGGGAGUGGAAAUGUCGACAUUAUUCCCCAACGCUGCUCUCUCUUUAUUAUUGACGCCCUGGACAUCACCAAGACGAGGGACAUUAGUAUUCCCUUGGUCAGUCUGGAUUUUUCGGAUCAGUCAUCAUGGCGAACCUUGGCUACUGGCUGCUGGCCCUCUUUGUGACUAUGUGGACUGAUGUCGGCCUCUGCAAAAAGCGGCCAAAGCCUGGAGGGUGGAACACCGGUGGAAGCCGGUAUCCCGGGCAGGGAAGCCCUGGAGGCAACCGUUACCCACCUCAGGGUGGCACCUGGGGGCAGCCCCACGGUGGUGGCUGGGGACAACCCCAUGGGGGCAGCUGGGGACAACCUCAUGGUGGUAGUUGGGGUCAGCCCCAUGGCGGUGGAUGGGGCCAAGGAGGGGGUACCCAUAAUCAGUGGAACAAGCCCAGCAAACCAAAAACCAACCUCAAGCAUGUGGCAGGGGCUGCGGCAGCUGGGGCAGUAGUGGGGGGCCUUGGUGGCUACAUGCUGGGGAGCGCCAUGAGCAGGCCCAUGAUCCAUUUUGGCAACGACUGGGAGGACCGCUACUACCGUGAAAACAUGUACCGCUACCCUAACCAAGUGUACUACAGGCCAGUGGAUCAGUACAGCAACCAGAACAACUUCGUGCACGACUGCGUCAAUAUCACCAUCAAGCAGCACACGGUCACCACCACCACCAAGGGGGAGAACUUCACCGAGACCGAUGUGAAGAUGAUGGAGCGCGUGGUGGAGCAGAUGUGCGUCACCCAGUACCAGAAGGAGUCCCAGGCCUAUUACGACGGGAGAAGAUCCAGCAGCACCGUGCUUUUCUCCUCCCCUCCUGUCAUCCUCCUCAUCUCCUUCCUCAUCUUCCUGAUCGUGGGAUGAGGGAGGCCUUCCUGCUUGUUCCUUCGCAUUCUCGUGGUCUAGGCUGGGGGAGGGGUUAUCCACCUGUAGCUCUUUCAAUUGAGGUGGUUCUCAUUCUUGCUUCUCUGUGUCCCCCAUAGGCUAAUACCCCUGGCACUGAUGGGCCCUGGGAAAUGUACAGUAGACCAGUUGCUCUUUGCUUCAGGUCCCUUUGAUGGAGUCUGUCAUCAGCCAGUGCUAACACCGGGCCAAUAAGAAUAUAACACCAAAUAACUGCUGGCUAGUUGGGGCUUUGUUUUGGUCUAGUGAAUAAAUACUGGUGUAUCCCCUGACUUGUACCCAGAGUACAAGGUGACAGUGACACAUGUAACUUAGCAUAGGCAAAGGGUUCUACAACCAAAGAAGCCACUGUUUGGGGAUGGCGCCCUGGAAAACAGCCUCCCACCUGGGAUAGCUAGAGCAUCCACACGUGGAAUUCUUUCUUUACUAACAAACGAUAGCUGAUUGAAGGCAACAGGAAAAAAAAAAUCAAAUUGUCCUACUGACGUUGAAAGCAAACCUUUGUUCAUUCCCAGGGCACUAGAAUGAUCUUUAGCCUUGCUUGGAUUGAACUAGGAGAUCUUGACUCUGAGGAGAGCCAGCCCUGUAAAAAGCUUGGUCCUCCUGUGACGGGAGGGAUGGUUAAGGUACAAAGGCUAGAAACUUGAGUUUCUUCAUUUCUGUCUCACAAUUAUCAAAAGCUAGAAUUAGCUUCUGCCCUAUGUUUCUGUACUUCUAUUUGAACUGGAUAACAGAGAGACAAUCUAAACAUUCUCUUAGGCUGCAGAUAAGAGAAGUAGGCUCCAUUCCAAAGUGGGAAAGAAAUUCUGCUAGCAUUGUUUAAAUCAGGCAAAAUUUGUUCCUGAAGUUGCUUUUUACCCCAGCAGACAUAAACUGCGAUAGCUUCAGCUUGCACUGUGGAUUUUCUGUAUAGAAUAUAUAAAACAUAACUUCAAGCUUAUGUCUUCUUUUUAAAACAUCUGAAGUAUGGGACGCCCUGGCCGUUCCAUCCAGUACUAAAUGCUUACCGUGUGACCCUUGGGCUUUCAGCGUGCACUCAGUUCCGUAGGAUUCCAAAGCAGACCCCUAGCUGGUCUUUGAAUCUGCAUGUACUUCACGUUUUCUAUAUUUGUAACUUUGCAUGUAUUUUGUUUUGUCAUAUAAAAAGUUUAUAAAUGUUUGCUAUCAGACUGACAUUAAAUAGAAGCUAUGAUGAACACCUGG